GAAGUGCUAACAGAGUGACUCUUGAAUUCUUCCUACCGCUCACAUCCAUCCUCUUCUGAAACACGGCAAGGAUUUCACUUGUUUGGACUGGCAAAAUGAGCAAACCCGAGGACCCCAAAGUGACCACAUCUCCACACAUUGUGAAAGAGGAGGUCAUGGCAGCCGGGAAGUGGGUGAGGCUGGAUAAGACCACAUAUGUCGAUCCUGCUGGAAACACCAGGACCUGGGAGUCUGUGAAACGGACAACAAGGCGGACCAACACAGACGCGGAUGGUGUGGGAAUCAUCGCCCUGCUGAAACGGACUCUCCACAAAGACUGCGUGGUGAUGGUGAAGCAGUUCCGUCCUCCUCUGGGCUGCUGCAGCCUGGAGUUUCCCGCAGGGCUGAUCGAUGAAGGGGAAACCGCAGAGGUGGCUGCCCUGAGGGAGCUAAAGGAAGAAACUGGCUACAAAGGGGAGGUAGUUGGAGUCACUCCAGUGACCUGUCUGGACCCCGGCCUGUCUAACUGCACCACGCAGAUCGUGCUGGUUAACAUCAACGGAGACGACGUGGAGAACAUUAACCCGACGCAACAGCUGGGUUAGUGAGUUUGUGGAAGUUAUUCUUUUACCGGUUGACGAAUUCCAGGGAAAAAUUGACGAUCUUCUGCGGAAGGAAAAAAUCGUGGUGGAUUCCAAGGUUUACAUCUUUGCUAUGGGGAUUGCUCAGGCCUUCUUCAAGCCAAGAGAGCUGCCCGUCCUAAAGCAGUAGAGGAGACUGAGCAGGAAGUGGAAACAGGUUGAAGAGAUGGUCCUUACCUUUACAAGGGGCUUGGAGAAUGAUGAUUGACACAUAAUAAGAAAAAGUGGUAACAAACGUUAUGAUGACAAAGUAUGUGUUCUAUCAAAUUUGGACCACAAGUUUGAAGUGGAAGGUUGACAUCAUUAAGGUUUGAAAAACUGACCCAGUUAAGAAGGAGCCUUGCCGACACUACAUUAACGGGACCAUUUUUUGCUUUCAGCGUGGGGAUGCUAACAAACACCUCAAAGCCUUUUGAACAGCCAAUGGUUGAAAGCAUUCAUUUGUAUGCACUCGUCAUACAGAGUAGCUUUAGGAUUUUGUUUUACUUUCCUAGAAAGAUGAGUAGUAGUUUCCAGUUUAAAAAAAAAAGAAAUUCCUAAUAGUUCGUGAUCUAAAAAAAAAAAAAAACAUUACAAAUGCUAACUUGUUAUUUGCACCUUUUGAAACAAGCCAGUUCUUAAUUGCAAGUAAUUUCCGGUUAAAUAAGUAGAGAUGUAUUAACUGUGUCUGGAUGAUAUCUGGAAGAUUGAUUAAAAGUGCUAACCAUGUAAGAGGGAGGUUUGCAUUUCUCAUAUACGGUUCUGAUACCGUUUUGAGGCAUUUCCAUUUAUACCUCCAACUUACUAAUGAUGUAAUUAACUCAACAUUGAUUUUUGUUCUUAACUUAGCUCAAAACUUCUGACCAAUAAAGACAUGUGAAGCUACUUUUGUCUGGACUGGAAUGAAUUAAUAAGAUGAAAAUAAGAAUUGAUUUACAGUACAUCUUCAACCCCCCAGACCCCCUGGCAGUUGAGAUCCUUUUUUAACACGUUGGUUAUUGGCAACUUAACAUUAGGGAUUGAUCACAACCCAUUCAGAAUCAAUUAAACAGCUUUUUUGGGCCCAUUUUGCCUGAAGACAAUAAAUUGCCUUAUUAUA